GAGAGGGAACUUUAGCACUUUUAUAUGUUGCACGCAUCCAUAGAGCAGAAGACACAAGGAAGACAGAGUCCUUCAAAGAGAGGAGAAAGAAAUCCCCUCCAAAGUGUUGUCUUUUUAAUUUUAUUUUUAUAAACCACGGAACAAGUAGAAGGAGAAGAACAUUGAUGCCAAAAAAGGGUUUGGUGCUGUAUCAUAAAAAUUUAGAGCCCAAACGCAUUAGCAUAGAAGAAGAAUUGCAGCGGUUGAGGUGUGUGUGGUGAGAUGGGUUUCUGGAGCUCUGCAGGCUUGUAACGUGUCUUUAAUUUUGUGUCAGAGUUUCAACCCUACAAAGUCUGAUUUUGUUCUUAAAUUUACUGUCCACCUUUCCCUCCAUUUUGCAAAUUUUGGACCAAGCCCAUAAUACUUCUGGUUUUUUGGCUUAGAGAAAGUCUGUUUGGGGGUUCUCGUCUUCAAGAAACUGGAGGGUUUUGGGGUCUUGAGGGUGUGGAGAUUGUUGUUCUUGUACUUGUUCACUAUUUUAGAUGAAGGCCAUGCCCUUACCCUUUGAGGAUUUUCAAGGGAAGGGGGUGUUAGAUUUUUCAACUACUGCAUCUUCCGAUUUUUCCCAGCAUCGUCGUCAUCAUCAACAAUCACAAAAGUGGCACACCAACAAAGAAAAUUGCUAUGUGGGCAUUGAGCCUACCUCUGUUCUGGACACUAGAAGAAGCCCCAGUCCUCCAACUUCAACCUCAACCCUGUCUUCCUAUCUCGGCAACGGCGGCAGCGGCUCCACUGACACCACCACCAACACAACCGGCGUGGCGGCAGCGGCAGCAGCAGCCUCCGAAAACCCGUCCCAAACCGGCUUAGACAUAGGGGAAAAAUGUGGGCUGGGAAUGGAGGAUUGGGAGGGCGUGUUGUCUGAGUCCUCACCAGGCCAAGAACAGUCCAUUCUCAGAAUGAUUAUGGGGGAUAUUGAAGAUCCGUCUGUUGGACUCAACAAGCUCUUGCAGGGUGGGAAUAUUGGCUCCCAUCAGGACCUUGAAUUCAACGCUGGCUUCGGCAUCAUAGAUCAAACUACUGGCUUUGGUUUUGAACCCAUUUCAACGGCCAAUUCCGUGGCAAGCAUUGACCCUUCUUUACCUAUACAUUCUUCGGAUUUUUCCUUCGGCAAUGCAAGGCUUGGUUCGAUUUCAAUUCCUAAUCCGAAUCCGAGCCCUUUGUUCUCUACCCCAACAAGUAAUGCUUUGCCGGUUUCGCUUCCUCCAGGCGUGUUCCUUCAACAACAGUUGCAAGCAAUUGAAGCCGUGGAUGAAAAACCGCAGAUUUUCAAUCCCCAGGUGGUAAUAAACCAGAAUCAAGCUCAGUACGCUCAAAACCAGGCUUUGUUUAUGCCUUUGACGUAUGCCAAUUUGCAAGAAAAUCACCUAAUCUCGCCUCCGCCGGCGAAAAGGCUCAAUUCUGGGACUACUGGGGCAAAUUAUCAGGUCCCAAAGGUGCCGUUUUCGGAUUCUGGGCAAGAGCUAUUUCUUCGGGGACAACAGCAGCAGCAAGGUCAGAUGCUUUCCCAGCACAGUAUCCAACAAGGGCCAAUGAUGGUGGCGGCGAAGCAGAAGAUGGUGAACAAUGAAUUUGCGUACCAGCAGCAGCAGCUUCUUCAUCAGGCGAUAGUUGACCAGCUAGUCAAGGCAACAGAGCUGAUCGAAACGGGUAACCCGGCACUCGCGCAAGGGAUAUUGGCGCGGCUCAAUCACCAGCUCUCUCCAAUCGGUAAGCCUUUCCAAAGGGCCGCUUUCUAUUUCAUGGAGGCCCUGCAAUUGCUCCUUCACAUAAACAAAACUGGUAAUUCUUUCACUAUGUCGCCACCACUCCCCAUUAAUCUCAUUUUGAAGAUUGGUGCUUACAAAUCGUUCUCCGAGGUCUCCCCUGUGCUUCAGUUUUCCAAUUUCACCUGUAACCAAGCUCUUCUUGAGGCCUUGGAAGGCUGUGAUAGAAUUCACGUUGUAGAUUUUGAUGUUGGGUUUGGUGGCCAUUGGGCUUCUUUUAUGCAAGAACUCGCCUUGAGAAAUGGCGGUUCUCCGGGUCUUAAAAUCACUGCAUUUUCAUCCCCAUCCACACACGAUGAACUCGAGCUCGGUUUCACUCAAGAAAAUCUGAAACAUUUUGCCACUGAAAUUAAUAUUGCGUUCGAGUUCGAAAUUUUGAGCCUUGAUUCGUUGAAAUCCGGUUCUUGGCCACUGCCCCUUCGGGCCUCGGAGACUGAGGCAAUUGCGGUAAAUCUGCCAAUUGCCUCCUUUUCGAAUUACCCAUCAUCCCUUCCUUCAGUCCUCCGUUUUGUAAAGCAGCUCUCGCCCAAAAUCAUGGUCUCCUUGGAUAGAGGCUGCGAUCGAACAGAUGUUCCAUUGCCCCAACACAUUGUUCAUGCCAUUCAAUCUUAUUCCAGCCUGCUCGAAUCGCUCGACGCGAUCAAUGUGAACCAUGAUACCUUGCUGAAGAUAGAGAGGCAUUUACUUCAACCGGGCAUUGAGAAAAUUGUGCUGGGUCGGCACCGUUCUCCUGAAAGAACACCACCUUGGAAAAAUCUAUUUUUGUCAUCCGGUUUCUCCCCAUUGACAUUCAGCAACUUCACCGAGUCCCAAGCUGAGUAUCUGGUGCAGAGGAUUCCAGCUCGCGGAUUCCAUGUUGAGAAGAAACAGGCUUCUCUUGUUCUCUGCUGGCAGCGAAAGGAGCUUAUCUCAGCAUCUGCUUGGAAGUGCUGAGAGGAUCAGUAGUAUUUUGAAAAGUGGUUCUGCAAUUUAAUUUUCACUGUUAAGGUGCUUCAUAACUUACUGUUUUAGUUAAUCCUUUUUUUUUUUUCUUUUUUUUUUUCAAAUUACCUCGACUGUGGUUCUCUUAUGCUAAUCGUCUAUGCGCUUUUAGGCCUAUUGUUCCCGAACAUGAAACCAAAUAUUCUAGUAACUGGAUGGCUCUGGACAGUUGCUCA